CAGACGAUCAAGACGAUCGACAUGCAUACAUCCGGGGAGCCCACUCGGAUUGUCAUCUCAGGUUGUCCCGAGCUGAAGGGGCGGACACUACUGGAGAAGCGGGCAUUUGCAAGAGAGAAAAUGGACCACCUCCGAAAGCGUCUGAUGAUGGAGCCACGAGGGCAUGCGGAGAUGUACGGAGCACUACUGGUGCGACACACGGAACUGACGGAGAAUGGGGAGGCAGACAUCGGCGUGCUCUUCAUGCAUAACGAGGGAUACUCCACAAUGUGCGGACAUGCGACGAUCGCGCUGGGGCGGUUCCUGGUUGAUACACACGACGAGCGAAUCUUUCCGCAACGAGGGCAACUCAUCAAAGACGAGAGGGGGGACGUGGAGCUGCGGCUGCACGCGCCUUGCGGUGUCGUACGUCUAGGCGUACCAGUAAUGGCAGCAGAGGGACGUGGUCUGCGGUCGGACCCGACGUGCCGGGUACGGUUCGUGAGCGUGCCGAGCUUCGUGUCCGCACGCGACGUGCUGGUCGAGAUCCCGGAGGAGGCACGCUGGACGGCGCUGAGGGCAGCGGGGAGGACGGGCGUGCGCGUGGACGUCGCGUACGGCGGGGCGUUCUACGCGUUCGUGAGUGCGGCGGAGUUGGGUUUUACCAAUGGCCUGCGGGGAACCACAGUACGCGAGCUGGACGCGGCCACCGCUGCGGUGAAGCGGGCGGUAGCGGCGCUGCCCGGGGUGGUCGCACACCCGAGUGAGCGUGCGCUGGAGUACCUUUACGGCGUAAUCGUGACGGAGGGCCCGGCGGAUGACCCGGCGACAGACGGGGGCCUGAGCGCGUGCUUCUUCGCGGACCAGCAGCUGGACCGGUCGCCGACGGGCUCCGGCGUGAGCGCGCGCGUUGCCCUGGCCGUCGCGGCGGGGAAGCUGAGCGUCGGCGAGCCGGCCGAGUUCCACUCGCUGGUGAGCAUGGCGGACGCGGGGAGCGCGUUCACUGGGGCGGCGGUAGAGACGGCGGUGAUGGCCGACGGCGGUGAUGGCGGGCGGCAGUGGGACGCGGUGAGGGUGGAGGUGAGCGGGCGGGCGUUCUACACGGGCGCACACGCGUUUGUGGCGGAGACCGGGGACGGCCUGGCGGGGGCUGGGGUGAUC